AUGACGCGGUCCCCACAGCUCCGACGCGCAUCUUCGCUGUCUGCACUCGCGCUGGUCGCUACCACAAUCGAAGGCGAGCGGACCCACGCGCAGUUCUUCCUUCCUGACUCGCCGCCUUCCCAGCAGCAGCAGCAGCAAAGCUCCAGCCGCUUUGACCUCGUGUGGACCACGGCAGCCGCCCCGCCGUUCGCUCAGCUGGAGCUCCCGCACCACUUUGACGCCAAGGUGAACCGUCUGCCAGGCGCGGAGCUGCUCACGUCGCCGGACGCGCUUUCUCACCACGUGGCGGCGCAGCAGAAGAGACACGGCAAGUUCUUCUUUGACUUUGUGCCCGCACACUAUGAGCUCCCUCGUGACGCGGAGCAGCUGCCUGGUGCCUACUUGGAGGCACGUCAACAGUCGGACUUGUCGCCCGAUCGCGGGCGCGAUCCGGAAGUGCAGCAGCGUUUUCGGCUGCGAGAACGUGCUGUAAAUGGAGAUGACGAGUCGACGACAGGUGCUGAGGUGUUCGUGACCGAUGGAGAGUUGCAGCUGAAGCUUGAGUCGACUACGUUCAAGGGGAAGGUAGUGGUCGUGGACAAGUACAUUGAGCCGCUGCUGCUCGAUGGGCACAAGUUCCGUGCUGGGUUUUAUGUGGCAGUCACGUCGACGAACCCGCUCCGUGUGUACGCGUACGAUCACCCGCUGAUCCAGAUCGCCAAGGCCGAGUAUCCAAGCAGGUUGGGGGUUGACGCAGACCCGAAGGCCUACACCUUUGACCAGUACAUUGCUCCUUGGGACUUUCCGGACCUGCAGGCCGAUUUCCAUGAACUGCCGUCCGCGAAUCGAGAAGGAACGAAUGCGUGGCACGUACUGAAACGAUAUUUGCGGAAACAAGGAAUCGACACGAAGCAUCUGCAGGAUGAGGUGGAUUCUGCAAUCGCAAAGGCGGUGCUCAGCAGCCGCGGUCAUUUACAGAGCGAGCAGGCCAAGGUAAAGCGUGCAGCUGGUCGCGAAGGCGAGAAAAGCAGUCCGUCAGAUCUCAGCGACAGCUUUUUUGAAUUGUGGAAGUUUAACUUCGAGUUCGAUGACGUGGGCAAGCCGUGGCUUGUCCGUGUGGUUUCGAAUCCGUCGAUGAUGGCGACGCCGUCCGUAUUUGGUACCGACGAAGCUAUCAAGAAGCGACUGUUGCACGACUUGGCUAAUCUCGUGGGCGUACAUCCUCAAGCGCAGCUUCGGUUUGAAAAGUUUUUUCGCCCUGGUGACGGGGGUGCUUUCUGCUCCGACAAGUGCCGCGACAGGAAUCGUGCGUGGGACGCUUCGUGCUGGUCUUGUCCUGGAUGGUUUGCAUCGAACGUUGCGCGCAGAUUGUUCGCUGCAUCAACGGAAUACGCUCGACGCGGUAGCUUCAACCUCUUGUUUCCGUCGGUGGAGCACGAGUGGUCGAGGUUUAUGGACACGCAGCUUUCCGAGUACGACAUUGCUUUCGAUCGGUAUUUGAAGUCGCUCUCGAGUGGAUACGCCAACCUGGCAGACUUUCCCGCAUCUGAUCGCGCUGUCACGUGCGUGUAUCGGGAACACUGCAGUAACCAUGGCGACUGUGUGAACGGUCUGUGCUCUUGUGACGACAAGUACGAAGGCCGUACGUGCUACGUCCCGAAGGCAACAAACGAGGAACAGCAUCAUCCGCAGCAAGAGACUGGACGUACAUGGAGUCAGGACACCGGUACGUGGAUGGAGAAGGUCGAGAGUCUUGUAUGGAGCCGCGGCGACGUACCGAAGAGCUCCAAUCGACCGAUGGCUGGAGGUGGAGACGCUUUUGCGUCCAGCACGGUGCUUCUCGUUGUACUUCUAGGCAUCCUGUUGUUUGUGAUGUACCGACUCGUGGCAUCACGUCGGUCUGAGUCAGGAAGUAGUGACCUUCCCUAUGACGGGAAGGCGAUGUAG